AUGGCCGCCGCGCAGGCAGCCCAGCCCAGCGUGUGGGAGCUCGAUUUGCCGGCGCUGCGGCCAGCCGCGAGGAGGGCGGAUCUGCCGGAUCUGAAGCUGGGGCCAGUGGUCCAUAAUUUCAGCUCGGGGCCGGGGCCCCUUCCCCCCGCGGUGAUGGAGGGAGCCCAUUCCAAGCUCCUUUCCUGGCCAGAGGCCCCCGGCAUUUCGGUCAUGUCGGUCUCACACCGCGAGUCAGGGGGGCCGUACCAGCGGCUGAUGGUGCGGGUGGAGCAGCUGGUGCGCGAGGCGCUCGACGUGCCUGCCAACUACGCCGUCCUCUUCAUGCAGGGCGGAGCGCACGCCCAGUUCUCCGCUGUGCCCCUCAACCUCGCCAGCCCUGCGGCCGACGGCGGGCUCCGCUCGACGUCGCACAUCGACACGGGCUUCUGGGCGCGGAGGGCAGCGACCGAGCACGCAAAGCGCGUGCAAGAGAGCGAGGCCGUGGGCGGAGAGCGGCUCGCCGCACGUCUCGGCUCCCCGCACCCGCUCUGCCCGUCGGCGAUGUCCUACUCGGCGAUGGCGUCAACCUCGCCCAUCCCGAACCUCUACCUGACGCCGCCAACCUUCUCCCUCUACAUGGUCGGGCUCGUCCUCGAGCACCUCCGCGAGGCUGGCGGCGUCGCCACCGCGGAGCGCCGCGCCGCCCUCCGCUCCGGCUGGCUGUACGAGGUCAUCGACUCCUCGCGCGGCUUCUACCAAAACAGCGUCGAGCCGUCGUCGCGGUCGCGCAUGUCGGUCCCGUUCACACUCGCCCCGGGCGCGCGCUCGCCCGAGGAGCUCGCCGCCCUCGAGCAAACCUUUCUGGCCGAGGCCGAGGCCGCCGGCUUCACCCACCUCCGCGGGCACCCCCUCGCGGGCGAGCUGCCGCCCACCCUGCCCACGCCGCUGCUCUCCACCCCCAAACACGCGCACACACACACCGCCACCGCCACCUCUCCCGUGCCCCGCCCCACCACCGGCCACCCCGCCACUCACGUCGCGUGCCCCGGCCAGCGCACCGACGGCGCGUGA